AUGUACACCGUAAAUUGUCCUAGCGUUCCUGUUGCUAUUCCAAUCUGUGAACCACUUCAUCCUGGAUGCUUUAUCGAUGUUUAUGGAAAUGUUGAAAAUGGGAACUUUGUCGUUGAACUCUUGUCGGGACCACAUAUUGUGUUGCACGUGAACUUCCGUUUUCAACUCGAUGAACAAGAAGUGGUGAUGAAUUCGUCCAGUAACGGUGUUUGGGGAGAAGAGGUACGCCAUUACAAUCCGCUACAUCCCCAUGACAAAUUUCAUCUUCACAUUUGUGUACUUCCAGAGUUCUAUGAGAUAGAUGUGAAUGGUCAGCAUUUGGCCAACUAUCGUCAUCGUUUCCCAAUGGAAUCCGUGCAAGCGAUUGGGCUGAAAGGUGAUAUGUGUAUUGAGAGGAUCGAGUUCGAUGGGUUCCUGUUCCAUUCUGGCUGGGAUUAUGAUACGGACUAUGGACACAGUGGAUACAAAGCCUAUGGAACAGAUUUUUAUCAAGCUCCUGUUUUCCACGACUCACAUCCUUAUCGUCAAUACUUCUGA